AUUACCUUAAAGACUAUCGGUACAAUCGAAGCAUUAGCGUGCACUCAUCUUAUUUGCCCACCAAAAAGACGCUUGAUAUAUCUUGCUAAAAUGUCUACCAAAAACAAAGUUCAGAAGAUCGACAAUGCUGGCGCCGACACGAAACCAAAGCAAAAAAAAGUCAAAGCAAAGGCCCAGGCGGAUGCCGGCUACGGAUCAGGAGAGUUUUCUUUGGAUUGGGAUGUGGACAGCUACCGCACGGAGUAUGAGAGCGAGGAACACUGGGAUCUACGCCGCAGCUUCAUGUUGGCCCACAAGGAGCGGUUCGAGGAGGACCGACUGGUGUGCCUCGCCCAGACGUUCGUCAAUAUGGAGUUCAUGGGCUGCAAGUAUCCCAGCGAGACGAUGCACCUGGUGGCCGAAAUGUCCAAGGAAAUUGCAGAGGAUUUCCGACGCAAACGAGAUCAGCGGCUGAAGCGCACCUUUGUCUCGGCCUCAGACGCGGCGGAGCAGCGAGCCAAAGGGCGCCGGGUUGCAGCCGCUCGCGCAGCGGAUCCCACAAAGGAUAGCUCAAACAGAUUCACACGAGAACGCCUGCGUUUCGGGGGCGGCGAGCCAAUCGAUCUCUUUCAAGACCUUCCCUACGGCCAACUCAUAUUGUACUUGUCCGGGCGCGAGUGCCUUCGAAACUCGUGCAACAUUGCCAAUAUGAAGUACGAGGAGCGCGCUAACCAAGAUCAGCCUGCCAGCGACACGACAAAAUACGCCGAUGCAUUCCUAAAUGAAGUGGUGAUAGGUUCCGGGCAGGGAGAGAACCUCAAGGUGGCCAAGUAUACGGCCUUCAAGCAAGCACUGCUCUUUCUGCAAUCCCACUGCUACAGCAUAAAGCUGAAUGCCACUCGCGAGACCAUCAAGGUGGAGAAGAGAAAAGACGGCGUGAACAUCAACGUCAUCAAAGAGUCAGCCGACAGCCUGGGCGAUCCAAAGUUGGAUGCCAGCAACAAGGGCUACCGUAUGAUGCGAUUGAUGGGCUGGGCGGGCGGAGGCUUAGGGCGCCAGAAGCAGGGACGUGAGGAGCCAGUAGGAUACCUUCUGAAAAGCAAUCGCAAUGGCCUGGGCUCAAUAAACACACAAGGAAAUCUAGCUGACUACCGCAAGCUGAUAGUAAACUACGUGAAAUCAGACGACAUGCGUGACAUGCAGUUUGAGCCCACGUUUUCGAAAGAAGAACGCGCCGAGUUUCACCAAAUGGCCAGCCGAUAUGGUUUGCGAUCAAGUAGCUAUGGUACUGGUGAGACACGCCGCCUGUUGAUCACCAAGAAGGUUCCCUAUAGUCAAAUUAUCAAGGAGGUCCUGUGCCGGCGUGAUUCCAAGUUUUGUGAACGUUACUUUGUGCAAGUGCCCAUGAAGAAGGCACACCUGUUUCCUGGUCACGUGGCCGGAUUGGAAUUGGAAAAUAUAUGUGAAUAGUCAGGAAGGACAAAGAAAAACUCAGCUCAUAGUACUCGUAUAUAAAAAUCUUCUUAAUUGUUAGGUUUAAGAUAAAGGAUAUAAAAACAAGACAAGAA